AUGCCGCAAUAUUGCUGUGUCCCAGGGUGCAAUAACUCAGGAGGACACACAUUUCCAUCAGAUCCGGAGCUACAACAGAAGUGGGUCGUCGCUAUCAAGAGAAUCGACCCCAAAACGAAACGGUUAUGGAGGCCUAAGAAACAUGAUGUUGUUUGCCAUUUCCACUUUCGAACAGAUGACUACAGAAAUUCUGGGCUAUUAGGAGACCGUUCCUGUUUGAAAGAAAACUCAAUUCCAACAGUGUUUAAGUUUCGGAACAGCAUUACUGAUGAGUCGCCUCGAGCGAAGCGGUACAAAAGCAGAGAGGUCUGUGAUGAUUUAUCUUUUCAAGAGCUUGAUAAUUUAGAUAUUCAAUGUGAAACUGAAGUCACAACGAUGGGGGAAAGUUCAAAACCAGAAUCAUGCUGUCCUAAUACAUGUGAUGAGGAAAUUCAGUGUGAAAUUCCUUCAUCAGUGAAAUACUCAAUCGAUAAUUUCCGUGUAGACGAUAGAGCAAUUUUGUAUUACACUGGGUUUGAUGAUUUUGACCACUACAUGAUGUUCUUCUACUGCUUGGGGCCUGCUGCAUUUGAAUUAAAAUACCAAUGCUCCCUACUACACCCUAAAGAUCAACUGUUUAUGACCCUUAGGAAAUUGCGACAGGCCAAAGAUGAUGUAGAGUUGGCAUUGCUGUUCAAAGUUUCCGAAUCAACUGUAUCCAGGGUAAUAGUCCAGUGGAUAAAUUUCCUGUAUUUCCAAUUAAAAGAGCUCAACAUCUGGCCGUCUAAGGAUAUAGUUGAGGAAACCAUGCCAGUUGAUUUUAAGAGGAAAUUUCCGAAAACAAGAGUAAUUCUUGAUGCAACUGAGGUUCCUAUUCAGAAACCCUCGCAUGAGCAUUUGACCUCAACAAUUGCAGAAUCAUCCACAACUGCAUCUGGGGAUGCUCCCAAAUAUGGGUAG